AAAGUAAACUUCAAAAGUGGAGCCAUCUUCCCAUCCUUGUUGCCCCCUUUGUCGAAACCUCAUCUUCAGAACAUCACACCAGCGGUCCAGCCCGGUGCUUGUGAAGACGAUGAUGUUGACUUCAAUUUGUGCACCUCUGCUGCUUCUCGCCUUUCUUCUUCUAUCCUUGUGCGCUGUUGCCUCAGCAACACCAACGGACUCGGAAACGGAGCAUAGUGGCGACAACCGUUUGCGAGGAUUCCGAAAGGACGAAGAUCGUUGGCUGGAUGCUAGCCCAAGAGUUGUGGGGGGUGUGGACACUCCCUUUUCUCGAACAUGGAUUGCUGUUAUUGGCACCAGCAGUAGCCCAAACCAAUGUCAUGGGACACUUGUAAGUGCCGACUUUGUACUGACAAGUGCCACCUGCAUUUCCAGUGCGUUUGGUGGUAUUCCAUCGAGGGUGGUUGUCAUGCCAAAUGACAACAACAUGAGGACAUCCCCAAUAAGUGUGGCAAACCAUUUCAUCCAUCCAUGCGCUGACUCCAGCAGAUUCAGGUGGGAUGUUGCCUUGCUCAAGCUAGGCACCGUGUUGAGUUCCGCCUACGGUCCGGUAACAUUUGCGGAUUCAGACACGCAAGUUUUUAACGGCAACUACCUCAGGAUUAUUGGUUUUGGAGCCGCAAGUGACAGUGACAGAACCUCAGCAUCCCCUGCAUUGCAAGAGGCAACUCUGUCAUAUGAACGCCUAUGUGGAUCGAGCAUCCCUGGAUAUGAUGCCGCGACCCACUUGUGUGCUAAUGCUCCCAAUACGACAGAUGUGGGACCCUGUGAUGGUGACAGUGGCUCUCCUAUUGGCCUCACAGACUUGGAUGCUACUACAGGAGCUUUUACCCAAGUUGGUAUCUUGACGGGAUUCUAUCGCGACCCAAAUACUGGUUCAGCACGGUGCGGAGACGAUACCCAUUAUCACCUCUACACGAGGGUCUCAUCAGUGUCUAAUUGGGCAAAGACGAUAAUAUGUGACAAUACUGCUGAAGCAACAAAACCCUCUUUUUGCAACAGUUUUGAUAGGGAUGGUGGCGGUGGCGUUUGCGCAACGUCUGGUGGUGACCCUCCCCCGUGCGCUCCACGAGAAUGGUUGCAGCAAGCCGCAAAUCAAAUCACAUCCUUUGUCGGUGAGGGUUCCCAGCAAGUGUUUCGUUUCUUUGGAGGAGGCGUGUAAAAGGCGGUAUGAAGAUACCAAAAAUACUCCUGGGUGCGGUUCACAUUAGCUUCAGGUCGAUCCUGUCACUUUACGCGUUUUCUGUCCACUGGCUGCAUGCUGUACCUCGGCUUGCUGACAUCUAUCUCGUAUAAUAUCUAACAAAACUUGGCUGGUUGCUUUCCGGUUACAAAGGGGCUCGAAGAAAAUACUAGCUACUAGCAUGCAGAAGCAGCACCAUCUAAAACUACUAGCAGUGUUUUCAAGUCCGACGGGACUGCUC